AUGGUCGUCCAUUGCCCUGCUCCUAGCAUCGGCGAGCACCGUUGUAGCCAGUUGCAAUCUUCCAUCAACCUACAGCUGGACAUCGACUGGCCCUCUCUAGCCCAGCCCAAGUCAGGCUGGGCUGCGCUCAAAGACUUCACCAACGUAGUCUACAAUGGCCAACAUAUCGUCUACGCCUCUGUGGCCGAUACAUCCGGCAACUACCAUUCAAUGAACUUUGGCUCCUUCUCCGACUGGUCUGCUAUGGCCUCAGCAAGCCAAAACCAGAUGACCAAUUCAGCCGUCGCGCCAACAUUGUUCUACUUUACCCCUAAAUCUGUCUGGAUACUCGCCUACCAGUGGGGAUCCACCUCCUUCUCCUAUCGCACCUCCAGCGAUCCCUCCAAUGCAAAUGGGUGGUCCUCCGAAAACGCGCUCUUCACUGGUACAAUCUCAGGCAGCAGCACGGGGGUAAUCGACCAAACAGUCAUCGGCGACUCUCAGAACAUGUACCUAUUCUUCGCUGGCGACAACGGGAAGAUCUACCGCGCCAGCAUGCCCAUCGGCAAUUUUCCCGGUUCCUUCGGCAGCGCCUCAGAAGUUAUCCUUAGCGAUACAACAAAUAACCUGUUCGAAGCUGUGCAGGUAUACACUGUCUCAGGACAGAGCAAGUACCUCAUGAUUGUGGAGGCAAUCGGCGCGAAUGGGCGGUACUUCCGCUCGUUCACGGCGACCAGUCUAGGCGGGUCGUGGACUGUGCAGGCUGGUACGGAGAGUCAACCUUUUGCAGGCAAGGCAAAUAGUGGUGCAACUUGGACGAAUGACAUUAGUCAUGGCGAUUUGGUUCGUAGUAACUCGGAUCAGACUAUGACUAUUGACCCGUGCAAUUUGCAGUUCUUGUAUCAAGGGCGGGAUCCAAGUGUUAGCACCUCUUAUAAUCUCUUGCCGUAUCGGCCGGGUCUUUUGACACUAAAGCAAUGA